AUGUUUUCCAAAAAGGCCCCCGCUCCUCCUCCUCCUCCACCCCCGCCGGCUAGCAAAAAGGCUCCUACUCUUCCACCAGCCCCUAAACCACCAGUUGUAGCCUCAAAGGGCCCUGCUGGUGCUUUUUUGGUCCAGUUACUGGUUUACAAUGGUUCGCCUUUCAAGGAUCAUUGGGCUUUCUGGGUGUGCGCCCACACCCAUCCCGACCUCGGUGUUCUAAUUCACGCAACCGGCGAUGUGAAGAAUGGCUUCAAGUUCGAGGUCAAGCGUGGCCAUGACUUCCGCGUCACCGGUAACAUUCCUAUGAAGAGAAUCGCGCUACAGUGGGUCGAUGCACAGUACUUUGAUGAGAAGGCCAUGUUCAACAAUGGAAAAGUCAAAAUCGACAACGGACCUGUUUGUGGGUUUGAGGCUAGCGCAUACAAAGUGAAAGCCCCUGGAAAGACUUUGAAUGCGGCCAAUGACAUGGCUGCUUCUGGUAAGAAGAUCAUUCAAAGGAACUGCCAGACUUGGAUCGUUGAGUCCGCCGAUCAACUCGUGAAGGACUAUAUUUUCAGCCGGGACGUUGCUAUUUACCUCCACACAAUCAAGCAAUAUUGUCAAUUAUCAAAGAGGAUAAGGGGCCUACUUAGCUUCACCCUACUAAUCCUAAGUACUACGUAG